AUGGAGAGAAGCUGGAAAAUAAGAAGCCUGACUCAUCUCCUAGAUAGCAUGGAAAUAGCCCACAAAAAUGAUAUAGCACUUUAUACCUCAGGACAUUUAAACCAUAACAAGCUUUAUAAACCUUCAGAGAAAAUAAAACAGGGACAGUGGGAUUCUUCCAGGAAGCAAACCAGCUUCAUGAGAGAAAGAGAUCAAUUCCUGACUCAAACUGAGAGCUCUAAGAAGAUGACAAAAUUUUCAAGUAACUUUUAUUCCUGCAUCCCUCCACCUCCAGCACAUACGGACUCUUCCUUCCCUACCAAGAGAUAUCCACAAUCAUCUGUGACUAGGGUUGGCCCCCCAGCAGAUGUAUCAUCAACUCCACUGGAAAGUUUAAACCUGAAAGAGCCUAAAAAGAAAGUAGAGGAGGGAACUGACAGACUCAGUAUGUGUCUCAAAAGAGAUGAGUUAGAUGUGCCAGAGAUUAUGGUGCUGAAAAACAAACCAGUUAAGAACAGCCGACAGUCUGUUGCUGAACCUGCCAAGGAGGAAUACCAGUUUAUACCUUCAUACUUGGCUGGUAUAACUAAAACUGAUCAGUUUAACAAGUUCCUACAUUUCCAGAGGGAGUUCAUAGCAAAGCGUGAGUUACUACGGAAUGAUUUCACAGGGAGCAAAAUAUCAGAGCAGCAUGAAAUGAAAUUAACUAAGGAGCUCCAGAAAACCUGCGACUGUGAUGCCUGCCAUUUCAAACGACUACAUGUUGUUGAGAAAGUGUUUGAAGAUAUUUGCAACAGCUCUUUGAUAUUUGGUGAUAUUUUGAAGAAAAUUAAGAUUCUGAAAGCUCAGGCCAAAGGGAUGAAAACAAGACCCUCAAAGGCUCAAGAAAUAGAGGCAGUCAGGAAAGAUGUGCAGGUUCUUAUGAAGAAAGCCAAAAAUGCUUUGAAAAGAAACCAAGAACUGCAGAAUGAAUUCGAAACAGUGAUGUGGAUGAGCCAGACCCCUAUGGAUAAAACAGAAAGCUGCAGUGACCAUGAGACAAAGGAGGUAGUAGGAAAAGCUUCCUCUGCUGCCAAACAGCUUGAAUCAAUGAGGUGUAAAGUUCUCAGCACAUGGGAGGAAAUGAUGAUACUGGAAACGGAGAAGAAAGAACGAAUGGCCUGUGCGGAGGUGGUGAACAUGACGAACACCGUCAAAGAUGUAGAGGAUGUUGAAGACCGUAUCACAGAAACUUUAGAUAAACUGCAUAUAACUCAAGAAAAUCAAAAGAAACUAUGGGAAUCAAUAGAGGAAUUCCUGCUACUUGAAGAACAAGAAGCUUCUGAGAAUGCCAAAGAAAAUGAGGGUGAUGAAAU